AUGGAGAAAAACUGUAAAUUUAAGGUUGGACAGAUCUGUUAUUCUGCUGUGAUACAAGUUGGGUCUGAUGUCAACUACAACGAAGCAGAUGAUAUUUGUAAAAAACGCAACGCAGAUAUUGGUUUGAUUCGAGAUGAAAAAUCAUACAAUGCAAUUGUGAAUUACUUGAGAAGGAAUAUUCCAAAAGGGGAGGUGUUGAUUAGAAUAUGGACUGGAAUCCACUUUGAUUCAAUGACUCGCGAGGUCACACCUGCGAAUUCCUUCACCAAAUGGCAUCCGGAUUUCUUACCAUCGGGAACUAAGUAUGAAGAUCGCACAAAUGUUUACCUUUUUGUUGAUUCCGACCCGAAUUAUCGUUAUCAAGGGAUGGUGAAUGCUCCUCCUACCUGGGAGUAUAACGGUGUUAUUUGUGAGAUUCUGAUCUAA